GCCCUCCUUUCUCCCCCAGAAGUUUUUUUUGCCCACUAAAUUCAAUCCUUCCCCCACCCACUUUUUCAACUAGUUUUGUGUAUGCUCAGAUACUUACAUGCAUGUAGAAAAUACACACACACACACAGAGGACUUUGCUCUUUGCCGUAGAAAUUCAGUAGUUUGUAAGGGGUGUGGCUCAACCUCAGUAUCUGAAGUGUAGCUGUUUUGCGGACCUUGGACUCUGGCCAUGGCCUGGUGGAGGGGGCUGGCUGUCAUGGUGCUGAGAGUGUGGGAGGCUCUGGGAGGCAGCACCUCACAUUACAUACUUUUUCCUGGACUCUUGGGGUUGAAAGGUGUCUUAAAAGUUAUCUAGGCAAUCCUGCCCCUGGAUAAAAUGAAACUUGGUAAAUCAUCUCAUGUUUCAUUUGCACCUGACAGAUUUUCUCAUGUAAAAGAGCACUGCCAACCACUGCAUUUAAUGAGGGUAUCACACCCCCUAAUUAAUGAAUUUAACAUUAAAAACCAAAUCAAUAUUUUUGAGCGUGGCAUAGGAUUUUCUUAAGGAGAGCCACGUUUCUCUAUUGAGGAGACCUAACAACAACUUCUUUUUAAGCCUUUAUUUUGGGCCCUUAUUAUUUGUAAACAGUGGAAAGAAGACUGAAUGUGGCCAGGCCACAGGUCAUUCAUUCCUUCCUCUCUGACACACAGAUUUGGGGGUGUCAACAGAAGAUGCAGCAUUUUCAGGGAAAGAGCCGGGCAGACCUUAAAGCUGACCUCUCGUCCCUAUUCUGGCUGCUUUUAUCAGCACAAGAAAGGAGACAAAUCAAGAAAACCUGGGGCAGAACCUGGGGAGGUAUCUGUGUUGCCCUUAAUCCCAGAAAGUUCACUCAGCUGCUUUCAGAACCAAAUGGACAAACCCAGUAAACGGCUUGCUUGGCCCUUGGUUGUUGCCGAGAGAAACUCUAGCAUUUUGCAGGAAGGAAAACGGGGCUUGGGGAAAGAAUGGCCGGAAGUGUUUUGGAAAGUGAAACCGAAGUUCUUUUGCAUUUUUGUUCCCUCAGAGUCAGGGAAUUCUGGUAUUGUGCAGCCUGGGAGUGAGGCAGUGCAGCUUUGGUAGGGCUUGAAGAUAAAUCCCCCUCUUGCAGCCAGAAGCCCGGAGGGCUCCAGCGGGGAGGCAUCCCUAGAGACUUGGGGGCAACUUGCCGGUCACCUCAGACAGGUCUCCUGGGGGUGCCCACCACACAGCCAGCGGCAGGGUUAACACCUCCCCAGAACACUUUUGCGGCAUUCUGUUGCAGGCUGAGGGCAAGGGGUUUGGGGGUGGAGUGAAUGGUGAGAAUCAUGCACAAACGAUGAGGGCCCUCGGUGAUGUUUCAAUUUUGUAUUUGAAGAUCUAGAACGUUUAUGUGGGACUGAAGUCAAAACUGUCAAGAGAGUAUACUCAGAGGAGUCUGGUAUUCCUGCCCCUCUUCCCCUCCCCGAUUGCCAUUUUUUUUGUUAGUUUAUUUUUUUAUUUAUCCUAUUCCUACUUUUGGGAAAAAAACCCCCAGCCAUCUCUCCCCUUUAUUAUAAGAAGGAGCCCAUUAAAAUACUGUUCUUCACUUUACUUCCUUCAUGUAAUAGUAUCUCCUGGAGAAGUAUACAGUGUCUUCUGUGUCCUGCUCCACUGUGUGGAUGGACCACAGCUCUUUCCUGCACUUUCUAUUGCUGGGCAUUCGGGUUAUUUCUAGUCUUUAGUUAUUCCAAAUAAUGCAGUGAAUAAAUAUCCUUGUGCAUGUGCCAUACAUCAUAUUUUUGUCACUGUGUCUUUGUGAACCUCCUCCUCUGAGAAAGCAGAGUCGAUUCUCUUUUUGUCAGUCUCUGCGGAUCUUUUCUCUGGCUGGGGACAAGGUAUCCGUCCUUCUCUGCAUCAAGUCCAGCUUUUCAGCCCUCAUCCUAGCUGUGGAUUUCCUGCGUUUCAUUCAUUUCCUGUCUCCUCAACAGAAGGGUUCCUGGCAAGAUCAGCCUUCAAGGAGUAAUGGAGGCAAAUGUGUACAGGAUGGAUCGGAAACACAGAGGCCACUGUGUUGUUGUCAAUAACCACAAGUUUACCUCAAUGUCCGAUAGACCAGGGACUGAUAAAGACGCUGAGCACUUGAGGCAUGUGUUUGAGUGGCUUGGGUUCAGCGUACAUGUAUAUGAUAAUGUGACCAAAGGACAUCUGGACAAGGUUCUGCAGGAAUAUAAGUGUCAUCCAGGCCAUUCUGACGGAGACUGCUUUGUGUUCUGUGUUCUGACCCAUGGGAAAUUUGGAGCUGUCUACUCUUCAGAUGGGACCCUUGUUCCCAUUCAGGAGAUCACGUCUCACUUCACAGCCCAGCAAUGCCCUGGUCUGGCUCAUAAGCCCAAACUCUUUUUUAUCCAGGCCUGUCAAGGUGAAGAGAUACAACCUCCUGUAUUCGUUGAAGCAGAUGCUGUAAAUCCUGAGCGUGUAUCCCCUUCCCUUAAGGACAGUAUUCCCGAUGAGGCGGAUUUCCUUCUUGGCCUGGCCACUGUCCCUGGCUACGUAUCCUUUCGGCAUGUGGAGAAAGGCAGCUGGUAUAUUCAAUCUCUGUGUAAUCAUCUGAAGAGCUUGGUCCCAAGAAAUGAAGAUAUCUUAUCCAUCCUCACUGCUGUCAACAAUGAUGUGAGUCAACAAGCAGACAGACAAGGAACAAAGAAACAAAUGCCCCAACCCGCUUUCACACUACGGAAAAAGCUAGUAUUCCCUGUGCCACAGGAAAAACUUUAAUAGUAGAGAGUUCUCAUUGACUCUUGGACUUGAAAUGAGGCUUUGGUCAUCCAUUCCAGUCUCCCACCCAUCACAGGAAUCAA